GUUGUUUUCCAUUGCUUCUCAUUUCGGACACACACAUCAUAAAUUUGUGAUUAUUUUUUUUCACAAAUCUGGAGAGUAAAAUUAAGUGAAAAUAUUGUGAACAGUGGAGGAAAACGGAAAGUACAGAGCUAAUACGUGUCAUCGUCGCUUAUAACAUUCUACUCUGCAGAAAAUAUAAUUAGAUUGCUGAAACAGAAGUUGAGAGGAGCAAUCGGAAAACCAACGUCGCUAAUCCGGAAAUAUAGUGGGGCUAUUUUGGAGUUGCUGGAAGAGUUAAACAAGCAAUACUAGCGCAAAUUGUUGGACGCACAAAAGAUGGGUGAUGAAUUUGAUGGUUGCGAGUGUGUCUGGUCGCAUGAGUACGCAAUGCAGCGACUCUUGGCAAUGAUACGCCAGAGUCAAAAUCAUUGCACGGAUACCGAAUGUGUCGAUAUAUCGGGUCGCAUGCGCGAGAGCACUACUACUGGCACGGACUUGAAUGAGGGCAGCAACUUCACUAUGGUUACAAUGUUUAUGAUCUUUGCUGUGCUUAUGUAUUUGAUUCGACCGGAAUCGAUUAUGAAAUUAACAAAUACAAAGCGCCGUUCGCGGGGACAAGAUCCCAAUGGUGGUUUGCCACCACCACCGCCGCCACCGGCACCGCCUGCAGUCAAUUAAUAUUGACGGUUCAUUUCGCGCAAACUGCAAAAAAUAAACUGCUUGUAUAUCAACUGUAAUUCAAUACAAAUAAGUUAACACCACCUACCUAUUCUUUCAAAGUAUAAUUCUAAAUAAUUGCUCUCAAUGGUGUUUCUAUCAUGCGAAUUUACAUUGCAACCGCUUUGAAUUAAUUAAAAGACGUUUAUAAUGGAUAAUAUGCUGCUUGAAAGCAAACAUUUGGAAAUAGUAAAUAAACUAAAUUAUUGUGCAAUAAAA